AUGAUUAUCAGACUUCACAAGAGCAAUUACGAAGCUUCUGAGAUUUCUAGCAUUUUAAAAAUACCCAGAAUUACUUGUCAGAAGCGAGAAGAACAAACUCUUAUGCGUAAAACUAGGGAAAAUAGAAAAGAUUCACUUGAAGAAAUUACUGAAUAUUUUAACAAACUAAAUCUUACUCAAAUUAGUGAUA